GCGCUAGUCAGUGCAAAACAUUGGCAAAACAUCGUGGUCCAUUGUGGUAUUUCCAUAUAUGUUCUAAAGGUUUUUGGUGAAUCUUUGUUUUUAGUGACAUUAACGAUUAAUAGUGAUAGUUUGCGACAAUUAUUAUAAACAUUUUUAUGCCGGACAGCCUUCAACAGCCGUUGUUUUAUGUGAUAUUUGUUUAAAAAUGGUUGAAUCUUGCAGUGCGGUGAAUUGUUGCAAUAGACGCAGAAAAGAUGUGAAAAUGAAGUUUCACAGGUUGGUUUUAAUCAUCUCAUUUAUUUUUGUGUGAGAAUUACCUGUUAAUUGGUAAUUCGAGGAAAUAUCUGGAUUUUUAAGAUACCUAGAGAUCCUAACAUAAGGAAGUUGUGGUUACAUGCUAUAAGAAGAGAAAACCACUCCCAGUACAACAACGGUAAUUUGUGAAAAGCAUUUCACUCCAGAGGAUUAUGAAGUUAGUGUUCAUGGAAAUAAGGUACUAAAAAAGGUGGCAGUUCCAUUUAUGUUUGAUUUUCCAGCCCAUCUCAAGAUAGAACCUAGCCAUCGUAGGGUUUUGAAAAGAAAACAUGAAAAAUCCAACUCAAAAGCAACAGAACAAACUUUGGCUAUUGGUGAAGUAGUAGGAGAACCUGAAAAUGGCGAACAUGCUGAUGAUGGAAAUAUAUUGGCAGCUGGUCCGUCAAACGUAACACAAAAACUAGGAUUUUUAGAAUCAAGUGAACCUUCAAACAUAUGCAAUUUAAGGGUCAGAAGAUCACCAGUAUACUUAGGGGAUUUCAAAAUUUCUGAUUUAAAUAAUGUGCAGCAUCGGAAGAGAUUUUGAAAAACUGCUCAUGAAACUGUUCAUAAGUACAAAAAAAAUAACAAGUACAAUCAGUAUAAAAUUCGUAGACAACGAAAUAAAAUAAAAAGUCUGAAUAGUCUGGUAGAUGAACUACUUAAAGAGAAGAGAAUAUCUGUAGCUCAGUCAAUAGUAUUACCUGAAUUAUUAAUUACUUAUGUUAAAUACUAAUUUUCAUAUCAUCAAAUGUGUAAUGGAGAAUUUAUUGUCAAGUUUCAUACAUAUGUACGAGUAUAUAUAAAUAAAUAAACUUGGUUUUUUAAUCAUAAUUACGUUUCUAGGAUUUUAUCUCGUUCCAGUUGCCUGAAUAACUUUUAAAUCUUCUCUAAGAAUCCUCGGUUU